ACUGCUCGCCCUUCGUUUAUUUAAUUUUCAUGGUUGCUCCAUAAAAAAGUUUUAGUUGGUUUGCUUACCGCGAACUGGAAGGUGAAACAUUCUGCCCUCGCUUCAACAAUUCAAGAAUGAACGAAAAUUAUAGUGGAUUGAAUGUUGUUGACUAUAUAAUUUUGUCUACACUUCUCCUCAUCUCCGCAUCGAUUGGCAUCUAUUACCGGUUUUCUGGAGGGAAGCAAAGAACAACUAAAGAAUAUUUGCUUGCUGAUAGGAACAUGUCGUUCAUACCAGUUGCAUUUUCUCUGAUGGCUAGUUUUAUGUCAUCUAUUACAUUGCUAGGAGUAUCAGCUGAAAAUUAUAUGUAUGGCACACAAUUUGUUGUCAUCAAUCUUGCUUACAUCAUUGGUACACCAUUGGCAGCAUAUUUUUACCUACCAGUCUUUUAUAAACUGCAACAUGCGAGUGUGUAUAAGUAUCUAGAGCUUCGCUUUGGAGUUGCAACACGACUGGCUGCUAGUGUUGCAUUUGUUACCCAGAUGGUAUUAUACAUUGGCAUAGUUUUGUAUGCUCCUGCACUUGCCCUGAAUGCAGUUACCGGACUUGACAAAGUUGCCUCUAUAAUAGCUGUUGGAGUUGUUUGCACAUUUUACUCCACUAUUGGUGGAAUGAAAGCUGUCCUCAUAACUGAUGUAUUUCAGUCAGUUUUGAUGUUCGCAUCUGUGAUCUGCGUUUGUGUAAAAGGAUCGAUUGAUGCUGGAGGAAUGAACAAAGUUUGGGACAUCGCUAAUGAAGGUAGCCGAAUUCAGUUCACUGACCUUCGUCUAGAUCCGUCUAUUCGGCAUACUCUAUGGACCCAGUUAAUUGGAGGCAUCUUCACUUUUACUUCACUAUAUGCGGUCAACCAAACUCAGGUUCAACGUCUUCUGACGGUUAACAGCUUACGUAAGGCCCAGCGAUCCUUGUGGUUGAACUGGCCGAUAUUGACGGCAUUGAGUUUAACUACAUCCUUUGCCGGUAUCUCAAUGUUUGCGCGCUACGCCAAUUGUGACCCUCUAGUGGAAAAACAUAUACGUUCUCCUGAUCAAUUACUACCUUAUUUCGUCGUGGAUACAAUGGGUCAUUUGCCCGGUGUAGCUGGCCUUUUUAUAGCGGGCAUUUUCAGUGGCUCUCUUAGUACUGUCAGCUCAGCACUUAACUCAUUGGCUGCCGUAACUGUGCAAGAUUUCCUUGUGCCAUGUUGCUUCAAGAAAACAUCUGACACUCGUUUAGCGUGGGUUACCCAACUAGUCGCUUUGUCUUAUGGAGGAAUCAGCAUAGCCAUUGCGUUUGUCGCUGAAUACCUAGGCGGUGUGUUGCAAGCAUCUCUGACCAUAUUUGGGGUCGUGGGUGGACCGCUACUUGCCCUCUUCACCAUCGGGAUGUUUUCAACGGUCGUCGAACAAAAGGGAGCUCUUACUGGGUUGGUUACUGGACUGGCAUUCAGUUUGUGGAUUGGAUUUGGUGGUCCGAAGCCUCCCAUUCCACGUCUUCCUUUAAGAAACGAUGGCUGCGCCGAGUUCUUGAACGCAACAAUUGAUUCCACAACUGAGCAGUACCUUUCAACAAUUUCUCCUUCUGCCAUGCCAACAGGAGUCACGCCAGCAGAUGAUUACUUCCCACUAUAUCGUAUUUCGUAUAUGUGGUACGCACCUCUGGGAUUUCUUCUGACAGUUCUUGUUGCCCAAGUGGUUAGCCGGAUUGUUAGAUUAAGCGUUGAAAGGCGAGGCGUAUCAGGCCAAAAGAUCAAUGAAGAAUUGCUCAGUCCAAUGUUUCCGCAGUGUUUCCGCACUUCUCAUCAUCUUCCAGAUCCCAACUUACUGUUGACUUCUCGUGAAAAUUACGAAGAAAAACAGAGCCACGAAGACCAAACUGUAUCGAAAAUUUGAAGGCCGUUCCGAGCUCAGGAAUAAUAUCUGUUGUAGUCCAAAAAUCUCACCGAAAAAUCUCGGAAAGAAUCUCAUCAACUGGAAACCAGUUAACAGUAAAUUCAUUAAAUUUUGGAAUCCACGCACAAGUUAAAGAUCAACUCCUUUUUUUUUUUAAACCUUCAGUGCAAUAGUACGUAGAAACGUAAAGUCCUGCGGUUUAAUGUGAAAUCAAGUGUGACCUUGUAGGGUUAACACUUAAAAGUAUCGUUGUUUUAAAAUCUUUCGUGUCAAUUAACAUGUUAUGUGGUUAAAGCCGCUUCAUCUCCGUGCGUACUGAUCUACAUAUCAAAAUCUGUUGUUUAUUUUGGUAGGCCUUUUUUUGUCUAGUUAAAUGAAUCAGUUACAUCAUUGUUGUUAAUUGUAUGUUGAGAAUGUUUAGUCUGUUGAGAACAUUAUUACAUUUCUAUUUGUUGUUAAAUUUCCUCCUAAGUAGUGGACAAGUAUCCCCUUCGUUUUCAAAGAGAAAAGUAGAAGCUGUUUUAGAAACCACAGGUUCAUAACAAAAUCUUUCGUGUCAAUUAACAUGUUAUGUGGUUAAAGCCGCUUCAUCUCCGUGCGUACUGAUCUACAUAUCAAAAUCUGUUGUUUAUUUUGGUAGGCCUUUUUUUGUCUAGUUCAAUGAAUCAGUUACAUCAUUGUUGUUAAUUGUAUGUUGAGAAUGUUUAGUCUGUUGAGAACAUUAUUACACGUCUAUUUGUUGUUAAA